AUGUUUAGAUUCAACAUAUAUUUUGAUAUUAAACACGGGGAUGAAGAUUUAGGCCGUAUAGUGCUUGGUUUAUUUGGCAAAACCGUACCAAAAACUGCCGAAAAUUUUCGUGCAUUGGCAACAGGGGAAAAAGGGUAUGGUUACAAAGGAUCAAACUUUCAUCGUGGUGAUUUUACAAAAGGUGACGGUACUGGCGGAAAAUCCAUUUAUGGCGAUAAAUUCCCUGAUGAAAACUUUAAAUUAAAGCAUGUAACUCCAGGUCUUUUGAGUAUGGCCAAUGCAGGGCCUGACACUAAUGGGUCUCAAUUUUUCAUUACUACUGUCAUAACAUCAUGGCUUGAUGGUCGUCAUGUUGUAUUUGGUAAAGUUUUAGAAGGAAUGGAUAUUGUUAAUAAAAUUGAAGAUGUUAAAACAGGACAAAAUAAUAGACCACGAAAAGAUGUGAAAAUUGUAGAUUGUGGUGAACUUCCAAUUGAGGAAAGUGAAAAACCUAUUAGAGCUGAAUUAUAA